AUGGAACCGCUGCGGGUGUUUGAAACGGGCAAGUUUUCACAACUAUACAACAACGCGCCCAGCUCAGCCGAUGCCGCGACGAGCAAGAUUACAAAUUUCCAACAACUUCGAAUCUUCCCCAUGGUCCGCGAAGCCAUGAUCAAGGAGAUCAAGUCACAGUACAACUUGAAAGGUCCUCGACACCAAUCGGUGGAUGAAAUCGAGAUCAAGCCUACGCCAGUGCAAGUUGCUGCCAUUCGCAAAAUCAACCAAGUGCGCAAGAUUAGAAAAGACGUGGAUGUGGAUGAAAUGACCGAGGGUGAGCGGAUACAAUAUGAAUUGCAGAAUGAAAAUGAGCUGAACAAGACCAAGGUGUUCACUAUUGCUGCCGAGACUGGCUCGGGUAAGACGUGGGCCUAUGCUGCCAAUAUCAUGUCGAAGCUCAAAGAAGAUGAUUUCACCUGGUUUCAGAGGGACCGCGAGCAAUAUGCCAAAUUCAAGAGCUCGGAACAAGUGCGCGCGGUGAUAUUGGUGCCCACGAAUGAGUUGGUUGAUCAAGUAUAUGAAUCACUUCACAGGGCUAAUAGUAUGGCGUUGGAUUACAACAACAACCACGAUGGUAAAAUUAAGGUUCCCGCGCAUUACAGGGAGUUUUGUGAAUUGCCAGGGCACAAGAGCUUGGGGUUGAGCAUCAUGAAGCUUUCCGCCGGUGAUGCCCCCAUAAGUGUCUACAAACGGUUGCGCAAUCAUGGCAAGAUUGACAUUUUGGUCACCACGCCAAGCAAACUCACUGGAUUCUCCAAACUUGAAGCUGUUGACCGGCCAUUCAAGAUCUUCAAAAGUGUCCGGUACUGCGUGCUCGAUGAAGCGGACACUUUGUUUGACAAGUCGUUCCUCCAGGAUACCACUUCCGUGGUCAAGAACUUCCCCAAAUUGCUUGAUUUGAUCUUGGUCUCGGCUACAAUUCCCAAGGAAUUUGAAAAAACGUUGGGCAACUUGUUCCCCGAUGGCAAGUCGUUGAUCAGAGUGGCAACACCAUCACUACAUAAAAUCCCCAAGAACAUCAAAAUCUUGACCUUGGAUGCAGAUUUGGCCCCCUAUAAUGGCUCCAAACCUCGCUGCUUAGCACAAGCGAUAUAUGCGAUUUCGAAAGAUGGCACCGAGCCCGAGCACGUGAAACGUAUUAUUGUGUUUGUCAAUGAGAAACCGGAAGUUGAAGGCUUGGUGGAUUUGUUAAAGACCAAGUUCCACGUUCGACAAGACGACAUUGUUGGUAUAUCGGGCGAAAUCAACGCCAAGGAAAGGAAAGAGCUACUUGAGCCCUUUUUGCGGCCAGCGGAGUUGUUGAAAGACGAUCCCGUGGGAAGCAAAGUCAAGAUCCUCGUUACCACCGACUUGUUGGCUCGUGGAUUGAACUUUAUUGGCGUCAAAAAUGUCAUCUUGAUGGGCUUGCCCAAGAGCUCGGUUGAACUUGUGCAUAGACUAGGCAGAACGGGCAGGAUGAACCAGCUGGGACGUGUGUUUAUCAUUGUUGAUCGGAAAUCCAGAAAAUCGUGGGUCAAAGGGUUGGGCACGGCGAUCAUUAGAGGAGUCAGAAUCGGCUGA